AUGGCAUCAAUAAACAAGCGUUACACUUACUACGGUGGUGAGACAGCUGUUUUAUCUGGAAGCACAAUUACCGGCAAUGCCAAUGGCAAAGCUAUACGAGCGCAGAAUAAGCCAAGACGAAAACAUGUCACAUUCGGACCUUAUAUACUAGGAUCUACAUUAGGUGAAGGAGAAUUUGGUAAAGUUAAAUUAGGUUGGUCAAAGCAUUCUACAACUUCUUCCGCAGAAGUCCCCAAACAAGUAGCCAUUAAGCUGAUCAGGAGGGACACAAUACCUAAAAAUUCAGAAAAAGAAGUCAAGGUGUAUCGAGAAAUCAAUGCAUUGAAACAUUUGACCCAUCCAAACAUUGUCAAGCUGGAAGAAGUUUUACAAAAUUCCAAAUAUAUUGGUAUUGUCCUUGAGUAUGCGUCCGGUGGUGAGUUUUACAAAUAUAUCCAGCAGAAAAGGAGACUGAAAGAAGGUGUUGCGUGUAGAUUAUUCGCACAGCUAAUUAGUGGUGUCCAAUAUAUGCAUUCGAAGGGUUUAGUUCAUAGAGAUUUGAAACUUGAGAAUUUAUUGCUCGAUAAACACGAGAAUUUAAUUAUAACGGAUUUCGGAUUUGUAAAUGAAUUUUUUCAGCAUAAUGAAUUGAUGAAAACAUCUUGCGGCUCACCCUGUUACGCUGCACCGGAAUUGGUGGUAAGUACAAAACCAUAUGAGGCGAGAAAAGCUGAUGUUUGGUCCUGUGGAAUCAUCCUCUAUGCCAUGCUGGCCGGUUAUUUGCCUUGGGAUGAUGAUCCAAAAAAUCCCGAUGGUAACGACAUUGCAAAACUGUACCAUUAUAUCACAAGAACACCAUUAAAAUUUCCAGAAUAUGUCAACGCAUUACCCAGAGAUCUUUUAAGACGUAUUCUUGUCUCUGAUCCGAAAAGAAGAACCACCUUGAGAAAUAUUCAACGCCAUGAAUGGACGAGACCUCAUAUGCCAUUUUUAUCAAUAACACCCGAAGAAUGGGAUAGAACGAUGGUAUCUAAAGAUGUUUUUAGACCUCCAAGACUGAAUUCUCAGAGAUCAACGAGACCGCAAUCGAAUUGUUCGACAUCAUCAACGAGUUCGAAAGGCGACAAAAGAGACUCGCUCAUCAUCGAUUCCACUUUGGUGAAUUUGCCAGCGCCACCACAAGAGUCUCAAUCCCAUGUAAUAACGAUACCGUCACCACCGUCACCUGAACUGCGGCACUCACCUAUAAGGGGUGUAAAUAGACACAGUAGAAGCAAUUCUGCUGCAUCAAUUGCAUUACAGGCUGUAGUUGACGCUGAACGUGAGCACAACUUACAACGUGAAUCGUUUUUGCAUUUACAGAAGAUGCAUCAUUCAACUGGCAAUAGAGCGUCCGUUCCUGUAUUCUUAAAUCAAAGAUCCAACACGCACUCUAACAAUUCUGGAAAUGUCUCUUCAUUAAUGAAUAAAGAUAGCGUUAUCGUGGAAGCGAGUCCAGCAAAAAAUGCAAAAAAUAAUACUUCACACCCAAAUAUAGCAUCACAGGAGUCAUCCAAUAUGGCUAAUCUAGCGGCUUCUUACGAAAAUAAAAACAAAACGUUUAAACCAAAGACCACUGUAGAUCGUAUGAAUCACAGUAGUGAAAAAGGUUCAAGUUCGUACCAUCAACUUUCAUCACAACACCAUAAACCGAGGCCAACUUCUUACCAUCCUUCAUCUACGGCUUCUGCUAGCACAGACAGUGAUGCAUUUCCUAUUGUUUCAGCAAUCAACGGCACAUUGGCGCAUAAUAUGGAGCCAUCACCUUUUGAUUCAGUUCCUUCGCUAAGUCCCGAUCAAAAAUAUUCUUCAUUUGACCAUUCCCCCAAAAUGCUACCAAGAAGAUCAUUUUCGGUGAAUAAACCAUCCUUGGAUUUACAAAGCGUCUCUGGCGAUUUAAUCAGAUCUCAGAAAGAUGGGGAAACAAUUGCUUUUUCUCGAAUUAAUGAACAAGUUGAAGACGCUGAUUUCAGAAAGCGUCGCCAAAGUCGUCGUUUUAGUGCCUUAAUUGGCGAAAAGGUAUUCAGUCCAGUUACGGAGGAGAUGGAAGAGACCGCAAUAGUUGAUGAAAAACCAAUUACCAUCAAGGUCUCAGCUGUGACUCCAGAUGUGAAUGAUCCUGAUGGUACUGGCGAGAAAAAGCUGGAUAUACCGGAUAAUAAAACGGAGAAGAAAAGGUUCAGUUUUUUUUCCCUUUAUUCAACGCAUAAUGUUUCAAAAUCUAGCCUGGGCAGCAAUGAUUCCAAAAGUGGCGUCAAUGGUAAGGCAGCCUCCCGUAACCCGUCAGCAUCACCAAAAACAGCAGAGCCCAGGGAGUCAAGGACUACAUUGCAUGUUGUGGCUCCAAAUGACUCAGAAGAUUCAGAAUCUUCACAGAUUUCUCAGACUUCAGCGGUUGCAGCAACUUUUGCGCCGGACGUGCACAGAAGUACUCAAAGUUCAAGACAGACGUCGUCGUCGGAUAAAUCCAUUGCAGAAAAGACAACAGGUGGCUCAAACGCUUCCAAAGAGUCGCAAUCAAUCCAACGUCAUGCAUCACACAAUCGUUCAAAUGGCAGAACUAGUUCAAGAGUGACAAAUGCUAGUAAUACAUCACGUAGCAGUCAUCGACAAUCGGUAAUGGUCUCGACCCUGAACGACAAUCAACAAGCCCAACCGAGACACACCGGCGAUCAAUCGACAGCCAGGAAAGUAAUAGAUUUCUUCAAAAGGCGGAGUAUGAGACUGUAA